AUGAGCGAUAAGCCGACUCUUAAUGAUAUCCUCGAAAAAGAUGAUGUCGAAAUUGCUGAUAUCGAUGAUUCGCAAUUGAACAACAAAAUUGACGAUGAUAAUAAUAACGUUGGCGAGGAAGAUUCUGAAAAAUUUUGUGUCGAAUGUACUGACAUGCCAAGCUCUUUGCACUGUAUUAAUUGCGAUGACAAUCUUUGUGAUGUUUGUUAUAAAGUAAUCCAUAAUUCAGGGAAACGAAAGCAGCAUGUGUCAGAAAAAAUUGAAAACUCUUUGAUCAACAUUGACCAAGACAUCAAGGAUGAAACAUUGAAUCAACCAGUGGUGAUGGAUGAAGAAAAAGAAGAAAACGAAUACACCACUGAAGAUUUGGAUAAAUUAUUGGCCAUCAAAAAUAAAAAUAACGGCUCAGAGCAAAAUAUUAAUCAAAUGAUUUUAAAAGAGAUCAAAAAGCAAUCACAGUACAUUCCAUUAAGAUUGACUGCCGAAGAGCGUCAAUUAUUCAAAUUAUUGGAUUCUGCAUUGAAUGUCUGUGAUUACACCAACAAGAUUGAUAUUUUCUCGUACACAUCCAAGUCAAAAAGAAUCAUCACUCAACUUAAAGAAAUUUGUUCCAUCCUUUUAGGACUUGUGGUAUCUAAAAACAUGAAGAUUGGAUCGGAAUUGAUUGUCAAUAAAAAUUUUAAAGACAAUGAAAAAUGGUUCCAGAAUGUCUUUGAAAUUGGUAGAAGAUACAAGAUUAUCAAUCCGAAUAGAUUCGAUAAUUUUGGAAAAUUGAUUUAUAUGAUUAUGGACUCUCGAUUGCCAGAAAUCGAGUCGCAUAUGGAAUUCGAUUUGUAUAAACCAAUUAAAACAUUAGAUAGUUAUUUGAAAUCCAGACCAGAAGAUGAUGGCAAAGCUCUUGGGAUUUUUGAUGACGAUUUGAUACUCAAUGCCACGGCAGAAAUUAUUUCUAAAGGCAAGCCACGGUCCCAAAUUAAUAGAGAAAUCAAAAUCAAGGAAUUGUCGAUUGAAAAACUUGCAAAGAAGUAUUCGUCUGCUAAAGGGUUUUCCAAAGAAGAAAUCAAACAAGUUUUGUAUUCUGUCGGGGAUUUCAAUGCUUAUAUCAAUUCCAAUAGAUCUUCUGUCAAUAGAAUGAUUAAAAGAUUGGAGUUUUUCAGAGAUAAAAAAUCGCAUGCAAAUUACUCUCUUAAUAUUAGGGUUGGGAGAGAUGGUGCUCGUUUGACCCAUGAUCAUGAUAAGCAAUACGAAUAUGUGCUACAGUCACUCAAAUUAUGGUCUGUCAUUAUGAAAGAAAUGAUUCAUUUGUGGUCUUUGGCCGAUGAUGACUUGUUGAACAAUUCCAAUGUUUAUAAAUUAACAGAAACCGGUCAAGGAUUGAAUCGUGUGAAAUCUUGUCCCACAUUAUAUCGUCAGAUGUUCAACAUUGUCGAAUUGGUGAAAAAGAAAUCGGGAUACUGGAUAGGUUCUUCUUAUAUUCACUUAGGUGACUCGACAGUUCCUAAUGCCCUAUUUUUCCUUGACAAAUACUUACAAGUUCCAAAGAUUUUGAACCCAAUCGACACUUGCUUAUCACAAAUUGAAGCUGACUUUCCAAAAGAUGAAUUCUUGAUGAAUUUGAUUAGCGAGGAAUUUGGAUCGGUUGACGAUUUGUUGAAACUCAUUUGUUCUCAUUUCUUUAAGAAAGCAUUCAAUGGUAGUGGAGCAAAUGAUUUCUUCUCCGCUGGGUCUUGUGUUGAUGGAAGGUUGACCAGCACUUGGGAAUGGGCCAAUGAUAUCCACAAGUACGAAUAUUUCAAGUUCUUUUUAUUAUCUGGCUUCACAGGGUUUAAUGGAUAG